AUGGCGUUGCAAGGGGAAGAGGUUCCUUGUGACAAGGUUUACCAAGCCUGGAGAUGUCUCAAAGGCUUGGGAACGAAGUGGGGCCACCUCGAUUUAUGUUGGAUGACGUACAUCUGCGGCAUCACAUCAUCUCGGCAGUUACAGGGUCUUCCCAGCAGCCUGCAAUCGUUAACCUUGAAGGACUUCAAUGAGAAGCUUCCACGGCUUCCGCCCUUGCUUCAUAGUUUGACUCUGAUGGGAUCUGGCUUCGAGCAGAAAUUAGGAUCUGGCUACGGUCUGCCGAGUGAACUGCGACAUUUGACGCUGCCACCCUCCUUUGAUCAGAGUUCGCAUGACGUUGUGUGGCCGUCGAAUCUACUGAGCUUGACGCUGGGAACCAACUUCAACCACAGCCUGCAAGGUGUGAAGUUCCCGGUGACCUUAGAAAGUUUGAGUUUCGGCUGGUGCUUUUCCCAGAGUUUGAAGCCGGUCUAUGAGCGUUUGCCAAACCUCAAACGCUUACGCCUGGAUUCCUUCAGGUCGAUGAAUGCGCUGAAGCAUUUCAGUCGAUUGGAGCAACUGAACAUGUACAGUCCGCGCUGUGAGGAGUUAACGAUGCUGCCAAGCUCUCUGAGAAGUUUGACGAUCAGAGGUUGCCAAGACUUCCAGUCCGAGUCUCUACAAGCGCUGAUCAAAUUGGAGACGCUGAAGAUUUUGGGUAAGGACUGUAUAGCCAAUACAAUGGUCGUUCACGAGCUCGUGAAGUGGCCGGAAAGCUUGCGAAGUAUGACUUUAGACUUCGACCUAAAGAGCUCUGAUAUGCAACUUCCUUCAGCACUGGAAGAACUGAACUUCAAGUCUGGCACGAUUUGGAACUUGCAGUUUCCUCCAAGUUUGGUGAGCUUGGAUUUGGGUGAGCUGUUCUAUCCCAAUCUUCAUGAGCUCUGUCAGUUGCCAAAUCUCCAGCAUCUCAAGCUAGGCCGCUGUGCAAAGAUCGUCUUCCCCCUACCUGCGACCCUGCGAUCGCUACAUCUGCGUGACUCCCAGGGCCCACAGCCGACGGCCAUGCCGUUGCCAGAGCUGGAAGAAUUGGACUUGGGUGACCGUUUCAAUUCUCCGGUCUUUUUCCCACUGCCUGCGAAGCUCAAGAGCUUGAGAUUUGGCAAAAGAUUUAACCACUCCUUGGCCAACAUCAAGUUCCCAGAGACGCUGGAGACGUUGAGCUUUGGAGCGGCAUUUACUCAGCACAUCCUUUUGCCGCCCAAGUUGCAGAAGUUAGAGUUCAGAGGUAGCUUCAAGUUGGAUGGGGUGAAACUACCUCAAAGCUUGCGCAGCCUCAAAAUCGGCCUUGAAAGCCUUGAAAGCCUUGAGAGUCCCACUGCUUUGGACUCUCUAAAAUUGGAUGAGUUGGAAUAUUUGGAUGAGUUCAUGUGCCAGGGUCUUACUGUGGGUUGCAACAAUGUUGCGCCGCUUGCGGGUUGGGAGACCACCUGUGAGUUGCUCUGCAGCAUGAUCUCCAAAGAGAUUGAUCCAGAUCUCUACAGCAUCAACAACAUGAUCGGAGCCUUAGCGAAUACCCCGAAAUGGAAAGAGGCACUACACAUGUUCAGCAACAUGGAGAAUUUCAGAUUGGCCCCCGACUUCGUGACCCACUCAGUGAUCCUUGCGGGACGGAUCCAAGCCAUGGUGCAGGAGGAGCGGCUCGAUGCUUAG